ACAAAGCGACAUCCCAGCGGAAGAUGUGGGUGCACAGAGCUGGAUCUUUCGCUGUCUGAUAACCAGAAUUCUUGAGUGGAGCUUCUCUUCGUUAUGGCUUGCUGGAAAAGCCAAGGCAGCAUGUCUAAGGAAGACGGAUUACCCUUCUCAGUCUCUUACAGCUGGACCCAAGAAGAGGAACACUCUGACUCCUGCAAGAAAGAGCUUCUCAACGGGCAAGUGCUCAUGGUUCUCACAGCACAUGACUCCUGCUUUUCCACCCUUUUCGAUAUGAAUCUUUGGGCAGAGAGAAUGAAGACUAUGGGAAUUCAGGUGACAUCCGACCAGUGGAGAAAUUUAAUUCAGCCUGCCGUGCUGGAGCCAGAGGUGAGAAAGCACCUGUUCUACAACUCCAGAGCAUUUGGGAUCACAAUUGCCGUGGUUUUCUACGUGACUCUCUGGAUCAAUCUUUAUUCUGUCCUGCAGAUAUAUUCCAUAGGGCGAUCUUGGGUAGUCAGUAUUCUGGUCACGGCGGUCGCCCUAGCGGCUGCCUUGAUCAUCAGACUCAUAAUUCACCUGCGACAAAGUAAGUUGAAUGUGAAUACUGACAUGAGGCUGGCGGCUGCCAAUGAAGCUUUCAUGGAAAAUGACUUUCUGGUGGGAUUCACAGAUAUCCCGGACAAACAUCGCAGCGUCCCACGGCUAUGCUUCGUUCAUUUCGUUGUGGGUCCCUGCCUUCAAUCCUUGGCGGACUCUGUGGCAGAAAUGAAGUGGAAUCAGGAGUCUGCUCUGAAGCACCAUCUGAAAGAACUCUGCAUUGUAAUUGAGAUUCCUGUCCUUCCAAGCCAGGAAAAAGAGCUGGGAAGCUCUUUGGAGGACUCCCCACUGUUGCCUGAAGUGAGCAGCACCAGAGGGGCCUUGACGUGCCAAGAAUACCUCCAUCUUGUCCCAGACGAAGCCCCCAAGGCAGAGGGGGAUUCGGACAUUUUCAUCUCCGCCGUAAGGGGAGUUUGUGAAUCUGUCUUCAUGAUGGCCUGUGAUGAUGAUGAUGCAAGAGGAAAUGCCCCUCGUGGACUCGGGGACAUCAUAGUUUCUUGAGAAGAAGUAGGGCAGGAUCCUGUUCCAGAGAAGAGGCUCCAUGCAGGCUUUUAUCGUCAUUUUUUAACAGGCUGAUCCUGGACGGGAAUGUUGCAUGAUGCAGGUGACUCAACUCUUUUGGGCGGGCCUUGUCAUGUACUUACUGGUGGAACUGCACAAGCAAAGGGGGGGUUGAAAAUGAGAAGGAAACAGUAGCCAAAGUUUCUAAGAUCUGUAAGCAUACCCUUUGGACUUCAGGAGAGAGCGCUAUAGCCAGAAGAAAGGUUUCACUGAGUCCUCACAGAAGCAGACGAUUGCCUUCCACUGAAUCAGAAACAUUGAUCCAUCAAGCACAGUAGUGCCUACACUGACUGGCAGCAGCUCUCCUGGAAUUUAGGCAGAGGUCUUUCCCAGCCCUAUCUGGAAAUGUCGGGGAUUGAACCUGGGACCUUCUGCAUGCAAAGCAGAUGCUCUGAAGCUGAGCCACAGCCUUUCCCUGCAGGAGCAUAGAAAGCUGCCAUUGGCCUAUCUAGCUCAGCACUGCUCUUCACCUUCUGUCCUCAAAUGUGGUUGGACUACAACUCCCAUCAUCCCCAGCCAGCUUAGCCACAGGUCAAGGGAUCAUGGGAGUUGUAGUCCAACAACAUCUGGAGACCCAGACUUGAAGGACAAUGGUCUACCAUGCAGUACAAUAACAUCUGGAGGGCCACAGGUUCCCCAUCUGUGAUCUACAGCUCGAAGGGUGAAUGCAAUCAGUUAGAAUUCGACUUCUUAAAAAAGAGAGGGGGGGUGCUGCUGGACUACAACUCCCAUCAUCCUUGGCUGUUAGCCAUAGUGUCUGGGGCUGAUGGGAGUGGUAGUUUCCACCCCCAGCUCCGUGACGUGCAUCUGGAUAUGUUUUUGAGUAGUGUUAACUUUGUCCAAUAAAUGAAUGAAUCUGUA